CGAGAAUAACUGUAUCCCCUUCUUUACGCUAACAUUAUUUUUUUAAAUAUAUUUUUCCUAAUAUCAUUUUUUUUUAAUAUAGAGAGAGAAAAAACCAUCUUCAUCGCCGUUCUCUCUCUCUCUCAGGAACUGGAUAUUCGGUUGAGGAUGGAUUUGACGUGGUUGAGUGCUCUAAUCGUUGGAGCUGCACUUGGAUUCUGCAUUGGCACCACUCGUCGUUCCAAACAUCAUCCUUCUGUCGUGGCGGCUGCUGUUGAUGGAGAUGAUAGCAAACUGAUUCCGAAGAGUCCUCUCGAGAUUGAGAAACUCGCUGAUAUCCUCGAUGAUUUCAAAAUGGUUUUGGUAGUGAGGAAUGAUCUUAAAAUGGGUAAAGGCAAGAUUGCUGCACAAUGCAGUCAUGCAACUUUGGGUUUAUACAAAAAGCUUGUUCGUCGAGCUCCAAAAGCAUUGGACUGUUGGGAGGAGUGUGCACAGCCAAAGGUUGUUGUGAAAAUCGAGGGCGAGGAUGAGAUGCUAGAGUUGCAGGAAAGAGCCAAAUCCCUUAAACUGCCUACCCAUAUCACCAUCGAUGCUGGAAGGACUCAGAUCGCUCCAAAUUCAAGGACAGUUAUGGCUAUUCUUGGACCAGUCCAAGUUGUUGAUGAAGUAACAGGUGGACUGAAGCUUCUUUAACAGCUUCAAAUUUCUAUGUUACACCUCUUCUUCAAUCCAAUCUCUCAGAUGGAUCAAAAAGAAGGGAGAGACGUGAACUCUACCUUCUCUCAGAUGUAAUCUGUUAACUCAUUCCUGAUGAUGACGAAAAAUCCCAUUUUUAAGCAAUUUUCCCAACUUUUCAUGAACAUAUACAACUUGUGUCUUUGGGAUCAGAUUGAUUAACCAAUGGUGGUAUAAAUACUUGUUUCUUUUC